CGCUCGCCGGUUUGGCAGUUGCGUUUAGUUGCAAACUGAAGCGCCGAAGCCGUGCACGCGUGUUUAAUUUCAAGCUCUUACCGGGACGCUAUUCGCUUACCACCCGCUCGCGUAUAGGUGUUUUUUUUUUCUUAUUGCUUAAAUCGCGCUGUGAGAUCAUUGGCUUUUUAUGCCACCACUACCAUUUCAUACAAUCGUUUAGUGUGUACCUUAAAAGGGGGGCUUGUGGUUUUUCUUCUCAUGGCUAAGCCGUGAAAACUGGAAUACGCUUCAACCCCAUUCGCCUGGUUGUCGUCGGCUUGAAGUAAAGGCUCAGUUUAUAAAGCUCGCUGUAAAUCAAAUUAACACGCGGUCGUGAAGCGCGUCUUGACAUUUAAUUGAUCUAUUUUUAAUAUCGCAAACGCGUCUUUCUCGAUUCAAUCAUCCACACGCGCUUGGCUUUGGCUUCAAUCAGAUUGGUGGGAAAGUCGUAAACUAGCAUGGUAUUCUCCAGUUACAACAACGCGUCCUAUUUACCACUUGACAGUGACCAGAGUGUAACGUUUUACAAAAACGAAAACCAGCUGUUCCCUCCCCCUCCACCUUCCUCAUCGGUAGGAUUGAUUGGAACGCCAGGAGCAUUGGCCUGUCGACGCAACAGUCCCGUUAUGCUGACCGGAAGCAACGACAGGAUGCUGGGAAACGACUUUCAGUCGGUAGCCCAUCUCAGUUCCAACGGAUAUUAUGGAUAUAUCCCACCACAACAACCGAUGGCGGCAACCGAGGUCGUCGGCAACAAGCUAGAGACAGAAACUAGCGGCUACAACGGCGGAACCAACAACAUCAACAAUAACAAUAAUGAUGGAUUUAGUAUUGGUGCCGCGGGAGGAAAUUUCUUAUUGGAUUGCCACCCGCAGCCGGCAUCCCUGGAGGAUUCACCGAUGAUGGAAGAUAGCGACGGGCUAAUGGAAAACUACCCACACCAGCAGCAACAACAACACCAACCGCAGUUCCGAAAGCGCAAAGAAAAUGGACUCGGGGAUUUGGAGCAAGAAGAAAUGCCCUGCGGCAAGCGGCAAAGGAUGUGCAAUGUGGACCGAGAACCACAGGACCACCAACAGCAGUUUCUAAGUGGUGCAUCAGGUUUCAACGGCAACGUCAGCUGGAAUCCGAUAGGCACCCAGCAGAUGGACUACAGCGACCAACCCAUGAACAACGCCAGUUCGAUGAACUUUUCUGCCUCUGCACUGGCUGGCAACGGAUUCGGCACCGGCUCGAGCACCAUGAUCUCUAACGGCCAUUUUCAAUCGUCGAUGCCGGCACCGUCGAUUCCACAAUCGGCGUCGGUUCUCCAGCCUAGAAAUCAGAGCCCGCCAACAACGUGUAGUCUUUUAAACACCUCCACUAUUCCCCACGACAACAAAUGCUUUCGGGGAAAUUCGUUCCCCGCAGGAAUUGAAUCCAUCCGGGAUCGUUGCGUGAAUCGGACCUUCGAUGUCACCACCCUUACGGAAAGCCAAAGCUACCACGAGCUGGAGGACCUGUUCAUAAGUUUACACGGUUCCGGUUACUUUCUGAUGGAUUCGUGAAACCCGCUCACUUUAUACAUCAAUCGGUGUAGCACCAAAUCGCUUUUACUAACAAAUGUUUGAUUUCUUUACCACCUGUUAGUUUGUUAAUCGUCUAGGUUUGUAAAUAGUUUUUAAGGAACUUUUGACUAAUCCCCCUUCGCUGGGUUGCGCCUAAGUUAUUACCUGAAUUAGAUGAUCAACAUCCAAUCCCACAGUACAACUCUAUUGACACUUUUCCUUUUUUGUAAUUUUUAUUUUACGAAGCGGAUAGAAAAGAAAUGUUGUAUGAUCCCAUGCUGCCGCGUUUAUACUUCUGCAAUUCACUUCUACCUAAUUUUAAGAAAACCACUAUCCAAGAGAGAAAAAAACCUUUAAGGUGCAAUUUCAUCCUAUUUUUCCUUGAAGUUCAGUCAGCACGGUGCAAAAAUUUAUUUUCAACAACUGUAUCGGAAAAAGUAUGCAGAGAAAAUGCAUAUCUGAUGUUCGGUGUAGACAAAUAUUUACUUACAGAGAACCCUAGUUAGCUAAAGCAUCCUUACAAGUUUGUGAAACAUGUUUGUAUACAUUACUUCAACGCUAAAGAUGGCAUCAAUAUAGAUCAAUAAAUUAAUUAUUUUCUAUUCA